AACCGAAACCGAUAAUUUUCGGACGAUUAAUCGUUUUUUCAAAGGAAUUUCGCUCUCCUCACAAACGCGAAACACGGAAGUCUUCUUUUUUUUUUGGUACAGAACACGGAAGUCUUCUUAGAAGUUGAUUCCGGUGGAUCGAACGCUCGGGGAAAGAGAACAGAAGCAAGAACAUGAGCGAAAAGGGGGGCGAAAGCGGCGGCGAUAUCGAAAUAACGGUGAAAUUCGGCGGAAGAUCGAUCAAGGUAUCGGUCUCGGCGGACUGCACAGUCAAAGACCUCAAGUCUAUCCUCCAACCUCUCACCGAUGUUCUUCCUCGCGGCCAAAAGCUAAUCUACAAAGGGAAACUUCUGGUUGACGAUAUGACAUUGAAGAAAUCAGAGGUUACAAAUGGGGCGAAGCUGAUGCUUGUUGCUUCCCAAGGCCUGCAUCAAGGGGGCGGUCCAAUCCUAAAAGAUGCUCCGACUCGGCCAAUUUCAAGGACUGAAAAUGACUAUAAGAAGACCGGUAAAGCCGUGGAGGUUGUUGUUGAUAAGAAUCGAUCUGAGCGAUGGAAAGCUACUGGCGUUAUAGCUCUGUCUGAAUGCAACUUGAAGGACAUACCUGAUGAAGUAUGGGCUUGUGGGUCUUCAGCAAGACUCCUUGACAUCAGCAAGAACACAAUCCAGGAUGUACCCACCAAAAUUGGCUGUUUGACUUCCAUUCAGAAACUGUACAUUGAUGCAAAUGGUUUGUUAGAUGAAUCCAUUCAAUGGGAAGGACUAACGUCUCUGAAGCAUCUAACACUUCUUUCUAUUAAUCAUAAUUGUUUAACAACUUUGCCUUCUGCACUUGGUGCUCUGACUUCUUUGCGGCAACUGCUCAUUGCCAACAACAAGUUGACCAGCCUCCCAAUUGAAAUAGGUUUUCUGACUCAGCUUGAAGUUUUGAGAGCCAAUAACAACAGGUAGUUCAGAUAAUGAUACUGUUUAUUUGAAGACCCCCCUUUUUUUCCCCAAACCUGGCAUUUACUCCAGUUUUGUAAUUUAUUCCAGUUUUGUAAUUCUAUGCUUGCUCCUUUUUUUUUUUUUUUUUUUAAUCAUAAGUGUGGAAAUUCAAAAUAUUUUUGGGGUCCUGUAGAAGUUAUGAACUUAUAGAUCAAUAUCUUCAAGCUUUUGUCUCAUGCAGAAUGAUGACCCCCUGUGGGAUUAACUUUCAAAGAGUUAUAUCCUGAAUGAUAUACCAUUAACACUUUCCUUGGUUUUGAGUGGCUUAGGAUAAGAUCAAUUCCUGCAUGUAUAGGGGACUGUGGUUCUCUUAUUGAGGUUGAUCUUUCAUCAAAUCUUCUCUCAGAGUUGCCUGAAACAACUGGCAAUUUGCAUCACUUGAAGGUUCAUACCGGCUCUUUAUCUUCCAUCAAUUUUGUCUACCUUGUAUUUUCCUGUUUAUCCUAACUAGGGCAAGGCUUGUUGUUGUAACAACCAUGAAAUGAGACUCUUUCACCGUGCUCCACACUGGAAACCAGUGUGUAGGCAACCAUCAAGAGAUGGUGGUAAUUUCUUGAAUUGUCUAUCGUUAAACAUGUACUUGAAGGGGGGCCAAUAGCAAAAGAAAAUUGCACCCACUGGCGCUGUACUAAUUAUUUGUAUUGGUAUGCAGGCUCUGUAUCUCAGUAAUAAUGGGUUAAAGAGCCUCCCUUCUACAUUGUUUAAGAAGUGCCCCCAACUCUCUACACUUGAUCUUCAUUGUACUGAAAUCACAAUGGAUGUUCUUCGUCAGUUUGAAGGGUGGGAAGCCUUUGAUGAACGCCGUCGCUCCAAGCAUCAGAAGCAACUGGAUUUUCGAGUUGCCAGCUCUGCUGAAUUUGAUGAAGGUGCUGAUAAAAAUUGAUUCUCAGGUUCACAAAAAGAAAUUCUGCCUACACAUGCUGCUGGACUUCUCAUCUUCAACAAAGAAAGGACAUAAUUUGAUUGUUAAGAUACCAUUUUCACAAUUGAUUUUACUGGAAAAAGUUACAUCUCAUGCUCAAAGCUGUAGACUAGUGGUUUACUCUUUGCAAGUCCAAAAUUUGCAG